GAUUCAAAAACCAAAUUCGACUGUGUGACAAUUUUUACUUCGUAGACAACAACAACAACGAUCUUUUCGAUACGAUGUCACUCUCUAAAUCUCUAGUAGAUUUGUGAUCCUUUCCUCGGCAAACUGUUGAGGGUCUCUAAAAAGAUGACAAUGGCUCAAAACGUUGUGGAAACGUGUGUGUAGAGGGAGGUGAAACCGCCAGCCCUCCCCCAUAACUUGCAAAGUUACAACUUCAAGAAGCGAAAGAAGAAAACCUAAAGUUUCUUCCCAGCUAUAAGACAUGGCAAAGCAGCAAAAACCUCCUGAAGGAUCUCUACGUGAGCUAGCAGAACAGAAGGAGCGAGAAUGGAGAGAAAUUCAAGAACUUCGUGUCGAGACUUUGGACGCCGCUUACAAACAAAAGGACAAGGAACUAAACGAGGAAAAGGCCAAGUUUCAGAAGCUGAAGGAAGACUUUAAGUACAAUCUAAGACUCCUUGAGGAGAGGGAUAAGGAACUGGAGAGAUAUGACGCCGUCUUCGCUGAGCUGAAGGCAAAGGAGAAUGCCAAAAAUGCGGAAAUGAGUGAGUUGAAGAUUGCGCAGGAUGAUCUGCGGACAGCUGUGAGUCGUGAGGAGGCGGCUCGAGCAGAGCUACAGAAACAUUACCAACACAGACUCCGGGAGCAGCAGCAGGAACUGGACAAGUUCAGGAGUCUGAAGGAAGCAGAGGUGAAGAGAGAGCGGGAGGAGUUUGAGAAGUUUAAGCGCGACCUUGAGCGGAGCCUGCAGGAAGUGGAGGCGGACCUGGACGUGCAGAAACGGGAGCUCACCACGGGGUUCGACGAGGCGCUGCGGAGACGCGAGCACGAGUUCCGCAAACAAGCUGACGAGAUGAGCAACACUGUCCUCGCACACCAACUCAAGGUAAAGCUGCUCACCAAAGAGCUUGAGAUGGUGCAAUCAGCCAGUGAGAAGCAGAACACAGAACUACAACACACCGACCAGAACAUGCAGCAGCUAAACAAGGCCCUCAAGCAGAAAGAGUGGGAACUGCAGGAUGUUACAAGCAUCAAAAAUGCCAGGAUAGAAGACCUUGAGAAACAGCUGAAGCAGGCAGAAGUGAAAGCACAGAGACUACAAGAGGAGUUCCAGAGAAAACAUGCAGAUGUGGACAGAUAUGCGAGGGAGAAGGAAACGGCUCUUACUGCUGCUAAGGAGGCCCUUGCAGAAAGAGAGAGUGCCCUAGAAGAAUCCUUGAGGGACCUCCAAACCCAACUGGAGACCAAAGAUGUGGAGCUAAGGAGACAGGCAUGGAAUCUUCAAGAUGUCAUCAAAGACAAAGACAUGGUCCUGGAAAAGUUCCAGCAGGAGAUUUCGGACCUGAAGACCCGCGGAGAGGCCCAGGUAACGGAGCUGUCCAGGAACUCUGUAGCUCGGGACAUGGAACUACAGGCACUGAGGGAACAGACUACCAGUCUGAAGGAAGAACUGCUAACCAGGAAGGAGGAUCUAGACAGAUACAAGAAGGACCUGACGUUAGCCCUGGAGAGAGAGUCAUCCCUGGAGAGGGCUAAAGCCCAACUGGAGCUGGACUGGCAGAGAAGGGGAGAGGACAUGGAGAGACUGCAGUACCAGAAAUCUGAGGAACUCAUACGGAGCCUCACUCAGGCUAGGGAUGAGGCUGUUGCAGCAGUGAGAGAGAAGGAUCGUGAGUUAGAACAGAGAGAAGACCUGGUCAGGAUCCUAACUCAGGACAGGGACAGGGCUUUGGCCACACUCAGGAGACAUGGACUACAGGUGGACACACACAUCCCGACCAGAGAAGACUCCCCUGAGCAGACAGACCAGGACCUGUCAGCCUCAGAACAGAUCCAGCAGCUUCAGCACCAGAACCAGAGUCUGAAGACUGUCAUUCAUCAGAUGAGGGAGCAGAUGGAGCAGCUGGGUGGGGAGAUGGCACCACCUGCAGCCAAUCAGAUGCAAGGGAUUGUGUCACAUGAUCAACAGGGACCAAUCACUGCAGACUAUGUAAAGUCCCUAGAAACAGAAGUCAGAGUGUUGAAGGCUAAGAACAGACAGCUGGCUCAGGAUGUGGAGGAUGCCUCAACAGCUGGGAGACAGCCAGGUGCAGCUGUGCCAGGUGCUGGGGUAGAGAAGCCUGUAUCAGCUGACAACGCCUACCUCAGGGCACACAUCAAGGAACUCAACGACACCAUUGGUGGUUUGCGAGUGGAUAAGGUGUCCUCCCAGGCUCAGCUGAAGAAGCAACAGGCCAGAAUCUCUCAUUUGGAGGGUCUACUGGCUCAGCUUCAGCAGGAGGCCAGACAGAAGCAGGUUGAGAAUGACCAGCUGCAGUAUGACCUUGCAGCACAGUCGAAGCGAGCUGCAGCAGAGAUGACAGCACUGCGCAGCCGGGUGACGGACCUAGAGCUGCAGCUGGCAGAGACCAGGAAGGAGGCAGAUGAGUACUACAGGGGAGGGUUACAGAGGAACCUGGAGGCCACAGCACUGGGGAACCAGAUAUCUUCACUUAAGAUUGACCUGGCUUCAGGGAAAACUACAUCUAUGGGCCCAGAGCAGUCGCUUCUCGUCAAGGAACUCCAAGAUGAAAUACAAAGUCUCAGGCAGCAACUGUCAGGUGCUGCUGGUCAUGUGACUGCAAAACAGCCAAUAAAAAGCCAGGGAGGGUCAGAGGUCAUGGAACUGAGGAGGAAGCUCAAGGGAGCGGCCCAACACAUCGGUCAGCUGGCCAAGGAGCGCCAACAGCUGAUAGAACUGGGCAACAGGCUCAGGGCAGAGUUAGCCAGGGCUACUGGUGGAGGAAUGCCAUCAUCAAAUGGUGUAACAGGUGCAGCAGCUGACAGACAGCUGCCAUCAGCAGGUGCUAGAUCACCUGAUGACAGAGACAGGUCCCGGAGACUUGGAGAGGAGUACAAGAACAAACUAGGGGAGCUGGAGAGGCUGCAGUACCAGCUCACUCAGCAGGAACUCCGUGUUGCUAAGCAACAGCUCCAGCGUGAGCAGAGAGCAGCAGCCUGGGCUGAGGUGGAGUCUAGUGUGGAGGUGGAGUCAAACAGUGAGACAGCCGUACCAGCACAGCCUACCCAACCUGCCACUGGUCCUGCACAGUACCCUUCACAUGGACAAACAGCUGUACCUCGUGAGUCAACUCCAGUAGAGGACACAACAGGUGCUCAGCCAAGACUCCCUACCCCCAGCGGUGCUCCCCUGAUGAUGAGCAUGUCCUCCUACACCGACACAGAUCUGCAGGAUGUGUGGAGACUGCUGGAUGCUGGACAGAGCCCCACCUUCUCCACUCCCAGAGAUGCACCUGGUCUAUUGCCACAUUCCAGUGGCCUUCCUUCAUCACACCACCCUGACGGACAUGCGGCCCAACCACAUACCAACCAGUCAGACCCAUUCACUAUAGAGGGCAUCAGUGCAGCCCCUGUACCAAGGGACAGACAAGAACCUAAGAAGUUAUCAACCAAGGCUUUGGGGAAAGUUCAGAGACCCUCAUCUAAGAAAACCAGAGUUAGAAAUUAUAACAUAAGAGACGGGGAAGACUUCAGAUAGUAUUUAAUGUGCAUUGGUUUUAGAUCUUGAGAUGGUUUUUAAAAUCAUAUACUGUAUAUUGUGUAAUUAUUAUUCACAAUAGAAAUGUUGCAACAUUGUGAACUGUCAUAUGGAGUUACAAAAUGUUAUAAUUACAGUUUUCCUGUGGGCAAAAAUAAAGAUGAAUUAUCUUCGUUACAGUUGCCCUCUAACCAGACUAGACAGGUACUGGUAUUCUGCUCUCUGGACUGGACCAGUUUUUCCACCAACCCAACUUAUAACACAUUUGUAAAAUGAUGUCUAUAGAGUGUAUAUAAAAUCAU